UAACUUUCGAUUAAAAACAAAUAGGUCAAGUUUAGCGGUAAGGUUUGAGGUAAAUGGUAAACGUUUUAAGACUUUUAACUCUUUUAAGUUUAACCGUGCCAAAAGGGCCCAAAACUCUACUAGACUACUACGAAAAAAUACAAUCCCUGCUCCCUCGCUCGUCAGUCACUAGUCUCGCCCCAACCUCUCUCGUAAUUGAUCAGGAGCACAGAGGAUGGAGGUUGAUGGGAUAAAUGUGGCGGAGGCGGAGGCGGAGGCAGAGGCAGAGACAGGGAAGGGGGUUAAGAGAAGAAGGUUAACACCCACUUCUAAAUUGGAAGGUGCUAAGGAAGCUCUUAUCUGGGUUCGUUUGAGUUAUGGAAGUAUUAGCGAUGGCAACUUAAAGUGGUUUAAGAUCAACAUCUCAGGCAGUUUGCUUGAAAAGCUUAAGCAACAACGUUAUUUAUCAUUGUCUUGUGAUAACAUAGAAUGUGACAUUGAUCCCAAUUUCAAUGGCCCUUUUGAUAUCCCAAAACCCAUUCCAUCCCCUACGAUUGAUAGAGGUUUUAACAAAAUGCCCCGUUGUGCUUCUAUUGGAUCUAUAAUGUACGCCCUUGGUGGCGAGAGAACUGCAUUCGACGACAUGACCUUACACCAGAUCAAGAAUGCUGCCUCAGGUCGUGAUUGAGCCUGUUACUGGUGGCAAACCCUCUUAUACCCGCCCUCCUAAAAACAAUAACAUCUAUAAUUCAUCUCACCGCUUUCAAUCUUUUGAUUUCAGCCAGCCUCACCUUCAGUGUGAGAUCAGUGGAAGCCCCCUUAAUACUCCUCGCUACCUCCCGAAACUGGUUACCAUUGAUGGUAAGCUUUAUAUUUUUGGUAGUUAUGAUAUUUCCGACGAGGAAGCUUGUUUUGCUGAGGUGUAUAAUCCCGACAUCGGAUAUCGGGUGCCACUUCCAAAGCCUCCCUUUGGUAGGUUGUUUGACAAUGAACUCAUAGUUUUACCCAUGACCAAGUAUGGGAGGCUUUUAUGUUAGGAUACCGUUUCAACAUAAUAUACACCUUUGACACACUCACAUGGUAUUGGCGUCCUUUCAACAAUUGUCCAGAUCUUGCUAAAACACUCUCCAGCUUUGGCGUUAGGCGUAGGACUGAUGUUCUACUCUCUGAGUCCAAUGCUGUUCUCUACUGGAUCAGCCCAGGUGGGCGCUUAUGUGCCUAAUUUGUUGGAUGGCAAGCAUUGUACUACAGUCCUCUCUGGUUUUGAGAGUGAAUAUGUAAACCAUGUUUUGAGGGACUACACUGCCCAUCCUUUAGUGUUUCUAUCCUUAUCCAAAAAUCUCUUUGCCCUCAUAUGGUGCCAAAAAUGCUUGGAUGAUGAUUGUGUUCUGUCAUCUCGCUUGCAUAUCAAGAUGUUGCAUUUCAAUACGAAUAUUGAUACUGAUUCUGAUUCUGGUGACAAAAUUGAGCCCUUUUUGGCUGUUACUAUGGGGAAAUGCCUGACUUAUACGUUUCAGGACAAAAGUGCUAUUUUAAUUGAUGCCAUCUUGAUGGACUCGGGGAUAAAGAUGAAGGGAAGAUAUCAGCUCCGUGGCCGCUGCCCCCUGGUAGCAUAGAAAGCUGGCUGUUAGAGCAUGAGAAACCAUGGGAGUUGCUGCUAAGAGUUACAUGUUAAGCCGGUGUAUUAAGUUUAUGUAUAUGCAUUAUUUUAUUUUGAAUAUAUAAAGUGAGACUUACUUGGAACUAAUUUCUAGAGAGUUAUCAUCCAUUUUAAGACUAGCAAGUUAUUGCACGUUACGCUCAAUUGUUUGGAGUAACUUAAUUUGCGAAGUUAAUGGACUAAUGAAGGAGGCCUUCAGGGUAAAGUAUUGUGAAUUAUGGCCUUAAUUUGUAAUUUUGGUGGUUGUGUUUAUUUUGUAAGUAGCCCUAAGAUGUGAAGACUACUACAAUUUUUCUGGGCUUAUACUAAACUAGGAUUUCCCUUCUCAGCGUAA